UCAUUUUGACGCUCAUAUCAUCUCUGUAGCAUGAAUGAAGUGAAGAAGAAAUCAGGCUGGAGAAAGCAUUAAACUGCAAUAAAUUCCGGUCCCUCCCUAAAGCAUUCUCUUGAUUCACCACCCACUGGAUCUCUCUCGCCGGAGUUUUCCAAUGCUUUCCAUCGCCCGAUCUUUCCUCUCACUCGCGCUCAUCGCCAUCCUCGUCUCGCCGGCGCUCACUUCAGAGUCUGAUCACAGGUAUCAAGAGGGUGAUCAUGUCACCCUUUGGGUAAACAAGGUUGGGCCUUACAAUAAUCCGCAAGAAACUUACAAUUAUCACAGCCUUCCAUUUUGUCAUCCUUCUGGUAAUGCAGCACAUAAAUGGGGUGGCCUUGGGGAGGUUCUUGGUGGAAAUGAGCUUAUUGAUAGUUUGAUUGAGAUAAAGUUCCAAAAAAACAUAGACAAGGAGGCUAUUUGUCAAUUUGAGCUUGAAGAAGGGAAGGUGAAACAGUUUAAGGAUGCUAUUGAGAGUAGCUAUUGGUUUGAAUUCUUUAUAGACGAUCUUCCAUUAUGGGGUUUUGUUGGUGAGCUGCGUUCCGACAAGAAUAGUGAUCUUCGCAAGCAUGUUCUUUACACACAUAAGAAUAUUGUUAUUCAAUACAAUAAGGAUCAGAUUAUUCAUGUGAAUCUUACUCAAGAUAGCCAGAGUUCACUCGAAGUUGGAAAGAAACUGGAACUGACAUAUUCUGUAAAAUGGAUUCCUACAAACGUCACUUUUGGCCGUCGUUUUGAUGUUUACUUGGACUAUCCUUUCUUUGAGCAUCAGAUCCAUUGGUUUUCUAUUUUUAAUUCAUUCAUGAUGGUUAUCUUCCUUACUGGCUUGGUUUCAAUGAUCCUUAUGCGGACUCUACGAAAUGACUAUGCAAAAUAUGCUCGGGAAGAUGAUGAUCUAGAGACACUGGAAAGGGAUGCAAAUGAAGAGUCUGGAUGGAAGCUUAUCCAUGGUGAUGUUUUUCGUCCUACUCGGAGCUUGGCUCUGCUUUCGGCUGUUGUUGGAACAGGAGCUCAGUUGGCGCUACUUAUCCUUCUUGUCAUUUUAUUUGCAAUAGUUGGCAUGCUCUAUAUUGGGAGGGGAUCAAUUGUGACCACUUUCAUCGUAUGUUAUGCAUUUACAUCAUUCAUUUCAGGCUACGUUAGUGGGGGAAUGUACUCACGAAGUGGGGGUAAAUAUUGGAUUAAAGGAAUGAUACUCACGGCAUCACUUUUUCCUUUUAUGUGCUUUGGAAUUGGCUUUAUUUUGAAUACAAUUGCCAUAUUCUACGGGUCGCUAGCAGCUAUACCUUUUGGGACAAUGGUUGUUGUUUUUGUCAUUUGGGCUUUUAUCUCAUUGCCUUUGGUGUUGCUUGGGACUGUUGUGGGAAGAAACUGGAGUGGUGCUCCAAACAACCCUUGUCGUGUGAAGACAAUACCUCGUCCAAUCCCAGAGAAGAAGUGGUACCUCACACCGUCUGUAGUUUCUUUGAUGGGAGGACUUCUUCCUUUUGGAAGCAUAUUCAUUGAGAUGUAUUUUGUUUUCACAUCCUUUUGGAAUUACAAGGUUUACUAUGUGUACGGGUUUAUGCUGCUGGUUUUUGUUAUCCUAGUGAUUGUAACUGUUUGUGUAACGAUAGUGGGGACGUAUUUCUUACUGAAUGCUGAGAACUAUCAUUGGCAAUGGACUUCGUUCUUCUCUGCUGCAUCCACAGCCGUCUAUGUCUAUUUGUACUCAAUCUAUUACUAUCAUGUGAAGACUAAGAUGUCGGGGUUCUUCCAGACCAGUUUCUAUUUUGGAUACACUCUUAUGUUUUGCCUAGGUUUGGGAAUUCUCUGUGGAGCUGUUGGAUUUUUGGGAUCCAAUUUGUUCGUGAGAAGGAUCUAUAGGAACAUCAAGUGCGAUUGAGAUAUAAUUCUUGACAUUGAGAUGGCAUUGGCAUAUAGAUAUGAUGGAAAGAGUAGCCUUUUUCUUCUCCAUGGAGAGAAAGGUAGCUGUAAGUCUAUCUAUAUAUUCAGUGGAAAUUAACUUUAUAUAAACUCGGUCAUUUAUUUAUUAUACAUUUCUUUUUUGCUCACCUUUUUGAAUGGAGUUCGUUCGUUGGUUCGAAAUCAAAAAUCCAAUUGGUGGCUUAGGGAAAAAGAUUAAUGUGUUGAUACUUAAAGAGUAAUCCUCAUGUAUUUGUCAUGGUCAUAUAUAUUAGCCAGGAGAUGUUCAAUUUUUCCCAAUGGACCUUUUAAUUUUCUUUUGAUUGAAAAAUUAUUGUUUAGGUUU